AGUCAUACACCAAUACGGAGACCUUGUGAUCAUCUUUUUUCCCGUCGCAGGCAGCAAGCGCUUCCUGCUUGUCCCCCACAAUUGCGAAUGAUUUCUUACAUGUAUUACUACAUACCUAAGCUGUUUCGUAUAACGAGGAUCGUUAGAUCAUUAGCGACCCACCGUCCUCCACACACUUGUUGCACCUUUUUAGUACACUACAUCUUGAUUUUUACGUGAACCGAUCUGGCUUUACAUUUUGAUACAAAGAUAACGAUUUGAAUGCAUCGGUAUGCAUGUGAAUUUGUUAAAGCCAAAAUCCGAUAUUUCUUUUGAAUAUUUAUAGUUCGACUUCGAUAGCUUGCUUUAGGUUUUGCUAAGUAAUGUACUUAUAACUAGAGCUUCUUUACGUGGCAGAAUCACCUGCUACGCAUCACUUGACUCGCCUGCCCGAGAAUGCUGGCGCAGAAAGAUAUUCAACAAAAGUAGACUCUUCAUAAUCUACUUUCUCUAGUUGAGAAUGAGAAGAACUGCAGACCCGGUUGGUAUUUUUAUACUAACGAAGUGCAACAAGUGCAAGCACUCAAUACGCAUUGCAACGCCCCGUUAGUACCUUAAUCAGCCGACGUAUUUUUUUUGCUAAGUCCUCUUCGAAGUACGUAACUGUAACUUCGACAAUAGAGGUACACUUUUUUCGAUAGAAAAAGUGUAGACGUGUCGUUCUUCCGCAACAAAAAGAGCAUCGAGCAUUCACCUUUCGUUGGCUUGUAUCCCAUUAAUAGGCUUUAUUGGGCUGCCUUUGUUGAGCAGGGGACAAGAUGGAUCCAACUGAAAAAAAAUCUGUGAAGUUUGGCAGCGCAAGCGCUCCCGCGCCCGCUCCGAUCCGUGUAACACAAGCAGCAUCUUCAGAGGAGGAGUCUGUGGCGGCUGCGCCCGAUGCUCCGGGUUCAGAAAACACACGGGAAAAAGCCAUAAACUUCGACGACAUGGAUACGCCUGGUAGUCGCAGUAUUAAACCGCAGCCCUGCGGGCAACCAAAAACAUUACUCGAGAGCAUAGCCGUGUCCCUCGGAUUUUCGAAAGACAAGUAUAGUGUCACCCUACUAACACUACCUAUCGAUCCGUGACCAACACCAAAUCCAUUGAGUGGUGCCUUUGCCACGCCCUGGAACUGAUUAACAAAUUACUACUGCGUCCACCUUGACUUUUAAUGGCGGUGUCAAACCUGGAAGUUCUAGAUUGAAUUGUUUUUCUAGUAACAAUCAUCAUGUUCCACUCGACGUUGUAGUGCAGCGAUCCUUUUACAUCAAGUGGGAUGCAAGUGGGGAAAUUGGAAUUUAUUUAUAUUGUUCUACGAAUAUCGUAUUCCGAGGUAGACGAACGGAGCACGCGGAGUAUGGAGAUGAUAAAAAAUAGCCUGAAAAUCUAGAUUUCUUACUCUUUGACUUUUAUUCUAUAUUCGUUUAUCCCAAAACCAUAUUCAGUUGGAUUUCACAUCCACUUUCAUUACCCUUCAGGAGAGAGCCUGGCAGCGCUGGAUCUUCACCAACCGCAGGAGGAGAGAUGAGGAACUCACCAGUGACACACCUUCAUUCUCGUUUGAGCGUGGGCGGCGGUGAAAGUAGCGAGUCCGUAGCUUAUACUAGCCUCACUGGCGGCGGCGGGAGCGGGACAUCGCAGUAUAGUCAGAGCAGUGCUGACAACAUCCGGUUACGUCGUCGCAUGACGAGCAGCACAACAAAACAGAAUAAAUUGGUCUAUUCCCAGUGGGACGCUUACAGCACGGUUUCAUUCCGACGAGAACUAACAAAAGACGUAGAGAGGCAAACGAAAUUCGAACAGGGUGAUGCUGGUAAGUAGAUAAAUGAUAAUAGUUUGCAUGAUGAUUAGUAGAGUUACAAUCAACUACCUGUACUAGCUUUAUAACCUGAUCGCGGCUCUGACGUUCAACGAACUACUUGUUGUAUUCUAACCUUGUAUUUUGCUUUGGACUGAUUCUCGUACUUUAGCUCAACGACCAAUUCGAAGUCUUUUGUUCUAGCCAGCGCAUGCCCGCUGUAUGCGAUGUUUGCGUUCACUCGUGAUUCUGCUGAUAGUAUGAAUAGAACUGAUUACAAUCAUUUGUGUUCUAGGUAUGAUGUAGAGGACGUCCAAUUUGGAAGAAAACGUCACAUCCUCAUCAUCAUCAUCAUCAUCAUCAUCAUCAUCAUCAUCAUCAUCAUCGGUAUCAUCAUCAUCAUCCUCCUCCUUCGACUGUAACAGGUCAACUAGAGCGUCUUUGGGUGGAAGCGAGCUCAUGGCUAGUGCCAGCAGUCGGUGGAUUUGCGGCGGCGGCUAGUGCGAGCGCGAUUGAAAUCGUAGUGGAGAAAAUUUUCACGUGGCGAGUCGGGUAUUGCGCGACAAACAUUUUUGCGACUAGUAAAGAAUGUUGUGGGCACGAAAUCACGUUGAAUUUCGAGUGUGUAGACGUUGCAGUGCCUGGAGCCGGUAUAAAUCCGGAUACCAGUAAGCCGGUGGCCAUGCGCAAAGGCGAGCUCGUGCGUUGGAGUGAUAUGAUCCGAGGUGAUAUUCACAAGAAUGAUGUGAACUUGCCGCCACCGAGCAUGCGCGCAGGACUCGUGGUAGAUAAUGGAGCUUUUGAUACCGACACAGACAUGCUAUCCGAUGUUCUUCUAGGAGUGAGUGGCAUUUUGCUUGCCCUAUUAACUGCGAUACUAGUCAAGAACGUAGCACCCGCCGCAAAAGGAAGCGGAAUUCCGGAGAUAAAAACGAUUCUCGGCGGUUUCCACAUGCCUGCGGUCUUGAGUGGCCCGACGCUAGGAAUAAAAUGCAUUGGCCUUUGUCUCGUCGUGGCGGCCGGGAUGAGCUUGGGAAAGGUACCGCAAUAUUCUAAGUUGCUUUUGUGACGGUCACGGUCUUACUUUUGUUGAUCGAGUCUUACUUUUGUUGAUCGAGCUUGUGUUUGAUUUCGAAUUCGAAGCACGACUUUGCCAACGUUCCUUGAACGGAAGAUGACCUUGCAUGCAAGUGCAGGAGACGUCGCACCAUCUACAAAAACUUUCUUCGCAGGAAGGACCUCUGGUCCAUGUCAGCUGCUGCUGGGCGAUGUUGUGCAGCUCUCUUUUGCCCUUGUCGUUCAGUGAGAGUCACGCAAAGGUUCGAGAGCUCUUGAGCGCCGGCGCCGCUGCUGGCGUUUCCGUCGCUUUCGGUGCACCGCUUGGCGGUGUCUUGUUCUCGUUUGAAGAAGUCUCCACCUUUUUUCCGAACCGCACUUGCAGUCGCGCGUUUUUCGCUGCAGUCGUGGCUGCGCUGUCUCUGCAGUGGUUCGAUCCGACCGGGACCGGAAAGUUGACGAUGUUUCAAGUGACGGACAGCAAAGGAAUCGCAUUCGUGGAAUACAUCGCGUUUGCAGUAUUGGGCGUGAUAGGCGGCUGUGUCGGCGCGCUCUUCGUGGCUUUGAACGGGCGACUAACGGUGAUUCGCACCAGCGACCGAUGGCGUAGCAACAUCCCGAUCGAGCUCGAGGUCGCGUUCAUCGCGCUCUUCACCGUCGUGCUGAAUGCUUUGAACCCGUUCAUGGUUCCGCUCGCAACCAAUGUUAUUCACCGCUUGUUCGCGCCUUGUUCCGACUUUUUGUCCAAUGAGAGCAACAUCAUCGAUCUCCGGGACGACCUGAACCUGUGCGACGUAGAGAACGCGUCCCCCACUUUCUCAUACGAAGUGGCCUUUGCGCUCUUUUGUGCAGCCAUAUUCCGUUUCGCGCAGGUGAUCGUCACGUUCGGAACCGGAAUUCCUGCAGGUCUCUUCGUGCCGUCACUCUUCUGCGGAGCAUGCAUUGGCAGGAUGAUGGGCAUGGCGCUAUGGCAUGUGAAUACAAUCGUGAUGCCGGAAAACGUCUUCAUCGAUCCCGGAGUCUACGCAAUGAUCGGCGCCGCUGCUGUUUUGGGAGGCGUGUGCCGUGUCACGAUUUCCCUUGUGGUUAUCAUGUUCGAGCUUACUGGGGCAUUGGAGCACAUUGGUACCUCUUCAUGAUUCCUCUCUCUGUUUUUCAUAUACCGUCUUCGAAAAUGAAGACGAGGCGCAACAUUCUCAUUCAUUUUUAUUUUGAUUAUCACGUCCGAUCACGAAGGUCGAGAAAGCCAUUGCGCUAGUAAGUAGAAGAAUCACAACUUUGCUAAUAAAGAUAAAAACACAAUAAAACAGUGCCAUUUAUGCUUGCGGUGCAGAUAGCGAAGUGGACUGGUGACCUCUUUACCGAGGGUAUCUACGACCUACACAUACGACUGCGAAAAUACCCCUUUUUGCAUGAACCAGAUGGUAUGAGCUUGCGAGGCAAAGCAGAAGACAUCAUGGACGACGAUAUUGACUGCAUCUGCAUCGAAGACACGAAUACUCUUGGUAAUCUACUACUAAACAAUAGAAAUUUACAUUUUUGAAAGCUCGCUUACCUAAGUAUACAUUAUACAGAUGCACUUCCUAUCUUCCAAGUGUCAACCGACAUGUUGCUAGAGUCAGCAUGAGAAUCUAAAUAUUGCUUCAGAACGUUCAACAUCGACGAAUCUAAUCCGUCUAUUUCUUCCUCCUGCUUGUUAUUUGCAACUUGAUAUUUUUAAUGGCCCUUUUUUUCCUAGGCACUAGCUAGAUGGAAAAUUUUUCUCUGUCACGUGCUUCUUGGUUUUCUGAUAAUAUCGUGUUACUUUAUAUAUAAAUAUAAAUCAAUGUAGAUGUUGUACUUGUAGUCGCGUCACUGUUCGCGCGAUGAUGAAAUAAUGUUACCACAAAAGGUACAAUGAUCGAGAUGCUCGAGGAGUUUCCGAUGUACAACGGAUUCCCGCUUGUAAAGUGCGAAUUCGGUGACACGGGAAGUGACGAAUGGGUUCUGUUGGGCUACAUUCAUUCAGACGAGUUGAGAGAAAACCUGACGAGCAUUUUGACGCACGGUGGGGUCAAUCUGCACGAAGGAACUCCGGUUAUCUUUCAGAACGAUGGCAGGACCGAGCAUCCGCCAGGCACCAUAGAUUUGAGCGAUAUGGUCGAUGACACUGUCAUCCGCGUAGUGCCAGACACGCCACUCUUUUUGGUCCACACCAUCUUUCAUAAACUCGGCUUGCGGUUCGUCGCGGUCGUCAAGACGGGAAAGUACUUACUUGAUGAGAAUACACUUGCACCUUCACCUAUUUUUUCGGCUCUUGUUGUACUUGUGUCAUUUUUAAUGUACCUAGCAUAAAAAAGCGUACUACCAGAGACUGGUCACCACGAUCUUUCUGAUCUCAUACAAACCGUUGGGUUGCUGUUACAACUAUUCCUACUUGUAGUUUCUUCAAUAACGAUCUUCCCUAAUCCCUCCUUCUACGUUUCUUUAAUAAUGAUUUUCUCUAAAAAUGCCUCCGUCUAGGUCUACUCGCUUUCGUGUUUCUCUGUCAGGUUCCAGGGCCUUAUCACCAAGAAGGCCUUUGUGCGUCACUUGCAGCAUGAACAUCACGGACACGAGCCAACUACGGAGGAAGAGGAAGCGGCACUUCGUGCAGCAGCUGAGGCGUACGCUGACGAGGAGGAGCGUGAGAGGGCAACGCAAAACGGAAACGACUUGGAGGAGGUACACAGCCAGCCAACCAGAAAGCCGAAGAGCUACGAGGAGGACCAUCCGGACUGGGCAGGACAGGCGGCAAUACCAGCGAAUUUGCAGGACAUAGUAAAGAGCAUGCCACUGCACCAACAUUCGGCGCCAAAAAUGGUUCACCUGCAUAAGGGCCAUGCCGACGCAGCUGCUCGAACGCCGCACGAUCAACAGAAGGAUGCGGAAGCGGGCGCAGCACACGAUGAGAAAGCAGAACAAGUGGCAGCGGUCAAGGAUGUAAAGGCAACCGGUUCAACAGCGAACGAAAUGGAAGGAGCAAAGCUCCUGAAAAGCCUACGAAUCGGCAUGAAAGUAGCACAAGCUGCAACGAAAUUCAAGGAACAGGCAAAGGUACUUCACUUUUCCUCAACAUAUUUGGUAGUGUAAAUGUAAACUUAACAACAACUACUUACAACAUUCAAAAUAUGUGAUGUGUGUAUCCUAGAAGGAUGAUGCAAAAAUCAUUUGCCCUACUACAUCAAGAACCCUCUUACAAGGAAUCUCUAGUACCUCUAGAAGUAGUAAAUAACGAAGAUAGGAUAAAGAUGAUUAGAGAUGAACAAGAAGUAGAAGAUCAUAUUUUUAUGGGGAAAGGUGCUGCUGGAGCUGGAGAGGACUUCUUACACUCUGUCUUGUAAGUAGUACAUGUUCUCAUGUUGAUACACCAUCAAUUAUGAGUGAAAGUUUCUUGCAACUAGAAGAAGGUUCGGUCGCCUCCGGUUUUUGUCGGUGCUUCGGAAGAAAAAUAUUACUACGUAGUGGAGGAGCAUGAUGGCAGCGACGAUCAUCAAACCUCUGGAUCUCGUCGCAACACGGCUGCGCCGAGUAGAGGAUCACUUUUCUUCGCUGUUAUGAGGGAGAACUACAUCAAGCCACUUCAAUUGUUGUAGCUGAUACUAGAAGAAGAAGUAGCAGGAGCUUCAUGAUGAUGAUCGGUGUACUUCUACUUAUACUUAGCUGCAAAAGUAAAGAUUCUGAUACUGAUGAAUAAAAAUGCCUGAAGCUGCCCGUCCUCGUCGUUCAUCGUAGUCCGACGAGAAUCUACAAGUCCGAGCGACAUCGAGGACGAGUGGAUUUCCUGGGUGGAUCCCGAUGAGCUCCGAUUUGAUACUUCGGCAGAACUCACCGAGUGUUACGGCGAGACACUCUCCUACUAUACCAGUGAUUUUCGCCUACAUACCAGUGCUUUUCGUUUUGUAAACGAUGUUAGUUGAUCCUACUGGGAUGCGAACAAAAAGACUUCCUGUCUCCUUCUUCCGUUCUUGGAUGGCUAUGUCUUAUAGAAGAGAUGACAAAUGAAGAAAGUAGGGGACUGGUGCUACGCAAGGAAAGUCAGCGAAUAACAAAUUGAAGAUUUUUGUGGUGGGGGGCACUAGAAGGUCGAUGGCUGAAAUAGUUCUAAGAGUCGCGAAGAAACAGCAGAGAAUCUGCAAGGGGCUCCGGAGUAAGGCACAGUAUUGUGUCCGGCAUGCGCCAAGGCGGGAGUGCCACGAAUCCUUCGAGCGGCCGACUCUCUACGACAAGUGGAACGUCGCCAGGAGUAAAAGCACUUCUACAGGAAUCAAUACGAACACGACAAAUAAUGUUGAUUGAUUGAUGAAAUUGAGAGAAUAUUUUAUUGAUAGAUUUAUUAAGUGAGACGAGAGCCGAGGCCAACUACAGCAGUAGUAGUCGUAGCACCAGAGCCAGAGGCAGAGGGCAAUAAUCGGGUUAGGAAUAAUCACAAGUAGGAGCAGUUGUUGAAAAGAUGACUUAGAUUAAUGUUAUUUCGCUAUCAGGUGGCCGCCAAAAAAAUCUUUCCGUAUCAGUAACGAUGUUAGGACUGAAAAUGAUUUCAUCAUCAAACAGCUUAUUAGUGAAAUAGGUGGUACAGCAGGUGGUACGAUUGCUAUUUUUACAUUCACAAUCACGAUCACCAUUAAAGUAUGAAUGCGAAUCCUCGAGUUGGCUCAACACUCGCGUCAUCUUCUUUAUCUUUUCUCACACAAACAACUUCAGACUUCGUACGCACGGCGCAACCUGGCUGCCAGGAGGACGAAGCUUGGCUUACCACGUCGUGGGACACAUCGUGGCUUUGGAACUCCAGAGCUUUCGCGGUCCACUUCGUUUUCUAGUGUAGGAGGGUCACAAAUUGGCGGUUGUAUUCUUCAACAGGCACAAGUUCCUGCGUUGAACAAAGGCAACUCGCAACCGCAGUCCAUUCUGAUGAAGCCGUUACUCGAGAAAGAGGCUCUCGUUGAAACGGCCGAAGAAAGAGCCCGGAAAAGAUAUGAGUAAGAAUAGACGAACGACGAAGCGCCUUUUGAUAAGAAGUGCAAUAUUUCCUUUGAUUGAAUAAGGGAAAAAAUCCCCGAUGUUUUGAACGAAAACACAGAAUGAAACGAUAUAAGGACUACAAGUGAUGCAACUUAAUCAUAUGUAGUAUCGCUGACCUAGUUCUAGGAUGAACCUUACCUAAGCAAUCAGGAUGACGAAGAUCACGAGCAUUCAGAAAAUAGAAGUAUUUUUUAUGUUGAACAGAGUGGAGAGAUGAAAAAAUGAAUUGGAGAGAUGAUUCGUCGCCGAUUCAAGUCACGUAAGUAAAUGUUAGUGCACUUGUAGACAAGUAGGUGUAGGCAACAAAAAACAGACGAGAGUGACGGAGACAGUAUGAGAAAUGCACAGGCAGAAAGGAAACGGGGAAUAGUUCCUCCACCAUGAUGAUGAUAAUAAGUAUGCAUUGUUUGUUGUGGCAGAGAAAGACGUACUCGUAGUUUUGCCCAUUGUUGUUGGUCGUAGUGCCCAUUGACUGGAGCUGACCGCAGACAAAGUGGAGCACGGACACCAUUGUAACAAAAAUUACCAAGACUAUAGAUACUAUGAAAUAAACUAACUUGUUACGAACAUAGACGAACUCUCAAACGCAUUUUGUCAUGGGGUUCAUACUCGGGAUAGUAAUCAUGACUUCGAUUAGGAUGAUCUUGAUCAUCAAGACUGAGCGGGACCACGUACUAGUAGUUCAGCUGCGCGAGCCAAGAAUAAAACGGUAUUUAUGUCGGCUGUCAUCACAACAUAGUAGAUGUACGAUAGCGAUUUGGCUGUGGAAGAGAUAGACACUACGACGAACCUGCAUUAAAACGAUGGAUUAACGCGGUGCUUUCUCUAUCAUCUACUUAAUACGACCAGGCCGGCGUCGCAUACAACUCACUCAGACUCGCAUUCGCACGUCAUAAGCUUUUCAGUAAGCAAACAUAAUCAUAAUUGUUCACAUGAUGAUCGGGCUAGGGUUGGCGCUUGUUCUUCAUAAUACGAGGCCCUCAAAAUGGACAGGCACUAGUAGCAGUAACAGUAGUGAACAGAAAAGGUAAAAAAGAAAAACCGAACGUCCACAUACAUAGCAAUCGUAUUCGAGUCAUUUUACUGAACGAGUUAUUUAGGAUUUUGAAGUUAUCAUGCGCGUUUCAUAUUAGACGAGGCGUUUUGCUGACCUGCCACCGCCCGCAGCUUACUGCGGCAGAACAUGAUCAUGAACCUUCACUCAUCAAAAUAGAAAUACAAUCAUGAUUGAUUCAUCCUUUGUAGAUAUUUUUUGCAUAACCAUAUAUAAUGCUCUGUAAUUUCUUCUCCCCGUGGUUCCCCCGCCUGUCUGGCUGCCCGCUUCCCUCAAUGACAAGAGAAAAUAUCCACCGUCGUUUUCGUUAUUAUUUAGGGGGUAUCCAACCGAAGAAGUACGAUACCUUUUCAUCUCGGAUUCUUCCUGUCAUACAUUGAUUAUCAAGUGUUGCCACUAGCGAAACGGUCCCAUUUUUCCAAUAGGAGCAAUGCCGAUCCCUGCUGUGCAGGAGUGGGGGUUAUGAGACUUUGCGAUACAGUCACAAGAUGUAUAUACAACACGACUUGUGCUGUUGAUGCUCGUCAUGACGGAUGUCAUGACUUGGUUCUCCUACAGCAGUUUCAAUAGGAAGCCAUGUUGCUGAUAUAAUACUGUAACGCUCGUACUACGUGGUAUAGAUCAUGAAAAACAUAUUAAUAUUUCGACAUCAAUGUGGAAGAAAUGUAAAAUAGUAACUAUUUGUUUGGGUAAGUGAAUGUAUAGAACGAGAUUUCAGCGAUCGCUAUCAAACGAUGUCAAAGAAUGGAGCUCUCCUAUCGCACCUGAGGGAGCAGUGCGGUCCCUCCAUUGGAGCAGC